AUGAGCAGCUUAAUAUUAUCACUGUUGACUGAGCUUGGAAUUCGCACUCGACCCUCUCGCCCUCCCCGCUGCCCCCAGGACAGCGAACCGGAGUCCCCUCAAAGCCAAACAAAACCUCCAACCGGUGACCGCCCAGAUCCCAUUGUUUCAGAAUCUGGCCAAGAUAGUGGUGAUUUGGAAUCGACCAGCGGAAAUGCAGGGUCUUUGCCUGCUCCUCCUUUCUUCACAGUCCUGCCCAAAGAUAUGGAUGGCCGAACUUCAGAGCCGGAGGGCGUUCGUAUAAUGCCUCAGAAUGGCUCUUUAUCCGGUGACACCACGGCGACCAACCGACACACAUCCAACAUUGUACGCACGGCUGGUGUGGGUAUCGAUACACGUAGCCCAGAGAACCCAGGAUCUGGUCAUACCGAGUCACCCGGACCGCCGGGCAACAACUCGCAGUUGAGAAGCGAAGGAGCUGGACGACCACCAAACAAUGCAUUGAAUAUAGAUGAAGCGAGCCACAUGUCUCUCCCGGCUGAUGAUGGGAUGGGCUGGCUAAGAAACAAGAUUCAUGCCAUUCGAGAGCUGGAUCUCGGCAACGACGAGAAAGCACGGAUGGUUCAUGACCUAAUGACAGCAAGCUACAACUCUUCUCGAAUUCUUUCUCCGAGCCUUUCCGCGGCAAUGUCCCCCACGCUUGACCCUUCGAGGCUGGCCCAACCUGGAAGCCCACCAACCCUUGGAAGGAAACACUCGCCAAAUCUCGCUCCGCUGAGCCCGACAGUAGCGGCCUCUAUUUCUCAGUACGAAAAUCAGUUCAUGCUCACUCCCGAGGAUUUACAACCCACAUAUGUCCCAAAGGUGGAGCCUGAGUUGGUGGCUGAGACGGGUGAAGAGACGGGCGAAGAAGAUCCGGACACGGAAGAAUUGGAGGAGACCUCUCUUGGCUGUCAGCACUACCGAAGGAAUGUCAAACUCCAGUGCUUUACUUGCAAAAUGUGGUACACUUGCCGCUUUUGCCAUGACGAAGUCGAGGACCAUCAUCUUAUUCGCCGAGACACUGAGAACAUGCUUUGUAUGUUAUGCGGCCAUCCCCAACCCGCAGCGCAUGACUGUAGAAAGUGUGGAGUGCAGACUGCUCAAUAUUACUGUGAAAUUUGCAAGCUCUGGGACAAUGACGGAAAGAAGAGCAUUUACCAUUGCAAUGACUGUGGUAUUUGUCGGAUCGGCCUGGGACUUGGCAAGGACUUUUUCCACUGCAAGACAUGCUCUGUAUGCCUACCUAUCUCGAUCGAGGACACUCACCGCUGUAUUGAACGAUCUACGCAGUGCGACUGUCCCAUCUGUGGCGAAUACAUGUUCACUUCACCGGAGACCGUGGUUGUGAUGCGAUGUGGCCAUAGUCUGCAUCACAGAUGCUUGUCUGAAUAUUCGAAAACCUCCUUCCGUUGUCCUAUCUGCAGCAAGACCAUCACCAACAUGGAAUCGACAUUCAGGAAUCUGGAUCGCACCAUUGAAAGUCAACCUAUGCCUGAAGAAUUCACAGACACAAAGGGCCUGAUUUAUUGCAACGACUGUGGCGCCAAAUCCGUGGUCAAGUACCAUUGGCUGGGCUUGAAGUGUGAUUUGUGCGAGUCUUAUAAUACAGCUCAGAUGAGAGUUUUGCACGGUGACGUAUCUGCAGUGCUUGAGGAGGAAGGCGUCAGUGAUCUCUCAUCUCGGCCGCGAUCAUCGUCCUUAAACGUAAAUGGAGAACCAACGGCAUCAUUGGCAUCGCUGCAUCUCAGUGCUAGCCAAGCGACCCAAUCUCAACUCAGCGUCCCAGUGGCCGCUGGUUCCGACCGACAAUUUGUGUCUUACAAUAUGACCCAUGGCCGUGCUAUCUCACCCGUGGUCAGCAAUUAUUUCGGCCUCCCGACUGAACGCGAGUCAGAGAAACCAUCAUCCUUGCCCUUUUUCGGGGGUACAUCUCAAGAUAACAAAACCGGUGAUUAUGGCGCAUUGAAUUUCUUGAGCAAGAAAUUCCGAGGUCGCUACGGGUUCCUCGCAGGUGAGACGGCACUCACCGAAGGAGCUUCGGAGGCUGAAGAGGAAGACGACGAUGCUGGAUCCUCGGAUUCUUCGGAAUCAGAGGAAGACGGUGAGGAGGAGGAUGAGGGAGCUGAGCACAUCGACAUUUUUGGCCAUCGAUGAUCCUGGCAUCCUAUCAGUCCCCUGGCACGA